AUGUCGUCUAAAGAUGCCAACAAAUUGGAGCCGCCAGCUCAAGGUCUGGUCAAGAAGCAUGUGUCUGGGAAAGUCGCCAUCAUCACAGGCGGCGCUCAGGGCCUGGGGGCAGCAAUCGCAACCUUUCUGGCUGCGAAUGGAGCACAAGUCGUCAUCGCUGACAUCAACGAGACUGCUGGCAGGAAGCUUCAGCGAGAGAUUGGCGAUGAUGCAAUCUUUACGAAGUGUGAUGUGACACAGUGGUCAGACAACUUGGAACUUUUCCGACGAACCCAAGAGAGAUUUGGCCACAUUGAUAUUGUCGUUCUCAACGCCGUCGAAGAUCCAGAAGUAAUCCUCGCCAACGAUCCCGAGACGCAUUUUUACAAAGAAGCCAAAGCCCAAGUUCAGUACAACUACUUGGCUAAUGAGAGAGAGAGUGGCUCCAAGGAUAGCCCCUUCAAAGCUCCAACGACAAAGAUCUUUGAUGUCAACAUCACUGGUUACAUGUACGGCAUGAAAUUGGCUGUUCACUACCUCAGCAAGGCCAAAGGAGGUCGCAUUGUGGUUAUUGGAUCAUCAACUUCAUACAUGGCUAUUCCAAUCGAACCUCUCUACGUGGCGUCUAAGCACGCAGAGCUUAGUCUGGCUCGAGCUACAUCACAUAUGUCAGAAGUCCUUGACAACGGGAUAGCCAUUGGGUUCGUGGCACCAUUUCUGGUCCGAAGCCCCUUGACUCAAUACGUUGUCGAUCUUGAACACCUCAAGCGAAAUUGUCCCUUGAGCGAAUUGGAGGAUGUCACAAAUGCCGUUUCAAUUCUUCUUACGACUCCAGCAGAGAAGGCAAAUGGGAUGAGCGUGGCUAUUUUAGGACAGACAUUAACCGAACUUGAGGGCGUGGUUAGUCGAACACUGCAAUCCCUCUUGUUCUGA